ACACACGAUUUGGCUAAAGAUUUACUAUUCCCCGGGAUGACCGUAGCUCCGCACGUAUAAAAACGCAGCUGUGCCGUCGCAACUCUCCUCACAAAAUCGUCCGUAUAACGUGAACGAAGGGAAGCUCAGCAGAGAUUCCCUCAAAAGCUCCGAGAAAACACGAGGGGCGCGCUCUCGCCCCGUUCGGUUCGCAACCCCCUACCUUUGUUCGUCGCUUUCCUCUCUCCGUCUCUCCGUCUCUCGCUCUCUCCGGGAGGGAAUAGAAGUCUCGAGGAUCACAUGGCGGCGGCGUCGUCUCCGUCGUCGAGCAGCGAUUCCGACGAUGGUAGAAAUGUGGAGAAGUACGAUCCCGCGAUGCCGCACGACCAGAGCGUCCUGCAGAAGCACGUCGCGUUCUUCGACCGCAACCACGACGGCCUCGUGUAUCCAUGGGAGACAUUCCGAGGUUUCCGGUCGAUCGGGGCCGGCCUCCCCUUGUCCACCGUCGCUGCCGCCUUCAUCAACAUGGCGCUCAGCCAGAAAACUCGCCCGGGGAAAUUCCCUUCCUUACUGUUCCCAAUCGAAGUCAAGAACAUCCACAAGGCCAAGCACGGAAGUGAUUCUGGCGUCUACGACUCGGAAGGAAGGUUUGUUCCGUCGAAAUUCGAAGAAAUCUUUGGCAAGCAUGCGCGGACGCACGAGGACGCCUUGACGUCGGAUGAACUGCAGGAGAUGCUCAAAUCCAACAGGCAACCCAAGGACUACAAAGGCUGGUUGGCGAGCUACACGGAAUGGAAGGUCCUGUACAUGCUUUGCAAGGACAAGGACGGCCUGCUUCGCAAGGACACGGUCCGGGCCGUGUACGACGGGAGCUUGUUCGAGCGCAUGGAGAAGGACCGAGCAUCCAACAAGCUGAAGGAUUAAUUCGACUGACUUUAGGCGAAACCGCUACGGCGCUCGACGUCCCCGUUUUAGCUGGCUGUAGAUUCCGAUUGUAUUUCGAAUCAGUAUUCAUGCAUUGACUACAAAAGACAAUAUAACUGAAGCGGAAACCAACAUGGGGUUUGGCUUCUUGAUUGACGUGUGUUUUUUACUAAUGCUGUUUAUAAUGUAAGUAUUUUAAGAUCAUGCGCCUUAAUUCGGCAGCUGCCUUAUCGAAUCGAGAUUGUUUGUGACAA